AUGAUGCUUGCAGUUGGAACUGAACUAGAGAAACAUUUUAGGAACUCUUUAUGUUGUGCUCAGUUUGGGGGCGGGUUGAUCUUAAGGAUUCAGCCUUUUAUAAGAGGGGAAAAUGGUUUCAAUAUUCCAAAGUCCCUUGAACAGCCUGAGAUCUUGGAGAAAUCCUUCCUGAACAUGAGUUUGAAGCAUAGCAUUAAUAUGAACUGGCUCCCGGCGGAACAGAAGCUGAGCUUCCAAGAAUUCUUCCAGCGCUCGGCCCAGGAGGAGGAACUGAGGUACGAAUUCAAUGAAAACGGCGAACUGCGACACACGGAGACCCAGAGGCCUUACGUCUUCAACUAUUACAAAAACGCCCUCGAGAGGAAUAGCCGCCGCCACCGGGCCUUGGGCCGUUUCCUCGAACGGUACGUUUACGCGCUGUUGGAGCAGGUCUGCCGGCUGAAGAGAGUGUAUAUCCCGACGGACGCCGCCGCCCGGGAACCGAGGAGCUGCUUCUUCAUGAGCGAGGAGGCCCCGGCUAACCCCACGCUCCUCGUCCUCCUUCAGGACCGCGGCGUCCUCCGAGCCGGGCAGUGGGGUCAAAGGACCGUGAUCCACGACGGCCUGCGGCACGGAACUCAGAUAGCCUGCGUUCGGAUGGCCUUACAGUGGCACUGGGACGUCGUCGUCCUCAACCCCAACGACAAUUUCUCGGACCUCAAGGUGGAGGGCGAGGGGGAGAGCGGCCCGGCUCCCUCGGAGACGCCCCGGGCCGGGGCCCCAUCCUCUCCUCGGCAGGCCGGCCGGCUCGUCCCCAAGAGGUGCAGCGGCACGCCCGAAGAGCACACGACUUACAUCUGGGACCACUUCAUAUCGAAGAGCCCCGCCAGGGACGUGGCUUUCGUCUGCCACGGCUACGGAGGCCUAGUCUUCAUGGAGCUGCUGAGUCAGAAGAGGGGGGAAGUGAUGGGCAAGGUGUUUGCCGUGGCCCUGGUCGAUUCCGGGCACCACGUCGGGCACCAGCUGGGAAGAGACGAGCUCCUGUCGGGCUGGGUACAGCAGCACUGCCGGGAAUGGGUGACGAGCCCCAACCGCCUGGAUAAGCCCACGGGGUCCGUUUUGAAGGCGGACUGUCCUAAGGUCUCCGCUGGGACGGAGAAGCCCGGGUUGGCCCUCUCUUGCAGUCUCCGGUCCAUUUUCAAAUUCUUUAAAACGGCUUUGAGAGCCAAGACGGUCGUCUCCUCUCGCGCGCCCAUCGUAACUCGGAGUUCCACGAAAAGAAAGCCGUAAAAGCACCAAAGCUACCCUUUUUUCCCCCCCAGCCCUAACCCUUGCUGUACAGCUUCCGCUCUAUCAGACCAUGGGCUCUGACCCGAAUCGCUCACU